GGUUUUCCUCUCUCUCUCUCUCUUCCCUUCCAAUCAUGAGUGCCACUGCCACCGCCACUGCCACCGCUCUGCACUCACCGGGUCAGGGAAGAAUCACUAUUCCCAGCCGGGCUUCGAAGCCUCAGUUUCCCUUUUGGCAACAGACCUGGUUCAUAGCCUUGCUCUUCGCCAUGGCCGUCGGCUUUCUCUGCCUUGCUGUCUUCCUCUUCCUCGGCCUCGAUCUCGAUACAGGCUACGGCGCCACCACCCCCACCGCUGAGGGCGUCGAGAUCACAUACGACAGUGUGCUGAAGCUUAUGCACGAGAGGACCAAGUUUCGGCUGCACUCCCACGACAUGUCGUAUGGCUCUGGCAGUGGCCAGCAGUCUGUCACUGCGUUUCCAAAUGUCGACGAUGCUAACAGCUACUGGGUACGGUAUUCGCUACAGUUUGUUCAAUUUACGUAUCAUGCUUUUCGAUUGGUCAAUAAGUGAUUAUUGGGUAAUUACUGGGUUUCAGUAACUGAAAACUAAGUGAUUACUGAGUGUCAGUAACUGAAAACUAAGUGAUUACUAGGUGUCAGUAACUAGUUAUUGGGUGUCAAUAAUUUAUCAAUAACUGGUUACUUAGGUUAGUAACUGGUUAUUAUGGGUCAUUAACUGGUCAGUAACUGGUUAUUGGGGGUCAGUAACUGGUUACAGGGGAAAAUCCGGUGACCGGAAUCCGGCGGUCGGGGAAAUUCCGGUGACCAGAGUCCGGCAGUCUGGAAAAUUCCGGUGACCGGAGUCUGACGGCCGGUGACCGAAGUCCGAGGUUCCGGCCAAGUCUUUUCAUGUUGAAGAAGUGGGGGCAAAAUAGUCUUAAAUAAUAUGAUUUGU